AUUUACCAGCCUGUCAAACGCACAGCUUCAACAUGGCGGCGCCCGUAAGGAGCAGCGAGACUUCAGUACCCGGUGUUUCAGUUCAGUCCCCAGCAGCGCCGGGAGCCGAAAAUGCCAACCUACACUACAGUGUUCUGCUGGACCAUCUUAUCGGUGACAAGAGACAGAUUAAAGAAUUGGACCCGGGCGUUAUGGGCGGUUUACCGACCCCACACAAGACAGAUGAGCAGAAGAUGAUUGAACGCGGAAUGGAGAGCUGCGCUUUUAAAGCAACGCUGGCGUGUGUCGGAGGUUUUGUAUUAGGAGGUGCUUUUGGAGUCUUCACAGCUGGCAUUGACACCAAUGUUGGGUUCGAUCCUAAAGACCCGCUGAAGACCCCCACAGCGAGAGAAGUGCUAAGAGACAUGGGACAGAGAGGAAUGUCCUACGCCAAAAACUUUGCUAUUGUUGGUGCAAUGUUCUCAUGUACAGAGUGCAUUAUAGAAUCACAUCGCGGUGUAUCAGACUGGAAGAACGCAGUGUACAGUGGCUGCAUUACUGGAGGUGCGAUUGGAUUCAGAGCUGGCCUGAAAGCGGGUGUUCUGGGCUGUGGAGGUUUCGCUGCAUUCUCCGCUGCUAUUGAGUAUUAUCUCAGAUGAACUGCUGCUUCAGAAUUUCCCAGGUCAGAUGGGCUCUGAACACCUGUAGAACCAAGAGCAGGCUCUGAACAUGACUUUUUUUGGCAGGAGUUACUUGUCAAAUCAUUUUGAAAUUGUUCUCAUGGAGAACCGACUUUCCAAUUCCUUUUCCUGACUUGGUGUGUGUUUUGUGAUUUCUGAACGUUGUGUUGGAGUCAGUGUAAAAGUACCAGCUUUAGGUUGGGAUUGCAAUGCUGACAGGUGAUCUAUAACCCAGCGAUACCUUAUAAAACCUCAUGUGUUCCAUGCAGUCAGAGGACUUCUCUAGUUUAAAAAACAAACAAAGAAGCUGAGUGAGAUCAUGGUGAUAUCAGCAAAUGCUUAAUGUUAUGUAAUAUGAUAUUUUGGUCCCAUAGCUGUUCAUGUAUAUAAUUGUGCAACUAAUAUAAAAUAAAAUAUCAAACCAUA